AUGCUGAAACAACUACUUCAAGGGCAAGCUGAUGGUGUAGUGGACACAAGCAAAAAGCUAGCUUACAUCAACUCCAAGAUCGAGAAUCUCAACACAGGAGUUUACUCUCUGGAGAAUCAUGCUUCUUCUGUUGCUGCUGCUACAAAGCAAGGACAACUACCUCGUAAAGCAAUUCAGAACCCCAAGGAACAGUGCAAGGUCAUCUUCACUCAAGAAGGUCUUGCUGAAGAGGAGGAUCAAAAGAGAGUCAUGGAAGAGUUUUGUUUACUGCUGAAUGAUGAUUAG